CUCCGUUUGUAUUGUUGUAGGUAGAGAACCCUACUGAUGAGGACCUGGAUAUGAGAAAUGAACUGAGGCAUCAAGUUUUCAGAAGAACCCAGUAUGAUAGACAUCUAAUGCAGAUUGGUUGUGAAUCCUUUACUCAGCUGUUCACUAGACACCCUGAGGUUAUGGAGUAUCUAGGAGAGUAUGAUUCAAUGGUGGUGGACGGGAUAUCUAUAGGAGAAGCUCUCAGAUCUCAUGCUCUUGUUGUGGGUUCAGUGGUUGGAGAUAUUCAGGAGAAUGCUGGGAACCCGGAGAGAAUAAGGAUGAGUCUGGCUGGAGCAGGACAAAGAAGAUAUUUAGCCGGAGUGGAGAGAAGACAACUAGAUAUGCUCGGUCCAGUUCUCUCCCAGGCAAUCCGUCCUCUAGUCUGGGAGAAGGGGUUGUGGUCUUCAGAACUGGAGAAAGCUUGGACUCAUCUUUUUGAUAUUGUUUCAUGUUUAAUGAAACUAGGAUACCCUCAUGAAUAUCAGGAAGAGGAAACCUUCCCUAACCUGACAGAGUUGGUUCUAAUCCGAGAUACUUGGCCAAUAGUCAGACAAAAGGUCAGCCAGCUUGGUCUUGAAACUUUCCAGAACCUGUUCUCCUUGAACUCCGAUAUGUCGAAUUAUCUGACGGAGAUAAACCAGGAGGAACUCGCAUCAUCGACAGAGGCAAUGAAGGGAUAUACUGGAGACUGUAUAAAGUUACUGGAGCUAGUUGUUCCUUCUCUACCUCAUCUUAGCAUAGCAGCAGAACCAUUGAUUCAGUUUGGGAAAACACAGCGAAGUAAGAACGUUAGUGUUUGUGUUUUGGAGAUUAUAGGACCUGUGUAUUGCAAUACAACUAGACCAUUUCUUCUUGUACAGGGGAGAUGGUCUCUUGAUGUGGAACGUUCCUGGUUAGCAUUGUUCAAGGAACUUACAGGGAUAAUGAAGGAAGGAUACUAUUCAUGAUGGAAAAUAAAAAACAACCAACUUUUUUAGAAAUUUACAAAGGGAUCGUUCGAUAAUUUUAAAACAGUAUAUUU